AUGUCAACAGAACAAGACCUACGCAAAGGCUGCCACGCUUUGAUAACGGGUAUCCAUACUUCAUAUGGCUACGUUCCAUCUACCUCUGCAGGAAUUGUAUUUUGUAUCUUGUUCGGUCUCUCUACCAUUUUACACGUAAUUCAGCUUGGCCGGUCGAAGCUUUGGUGGUGCGUCGUGUUCAUCAUUGGCGGUCUAGUCGAAAUCAUCGGCUGGGCUGGCCGUACAUGGUCCUCUCAAUGUCCUUACAACUCUACAGCAUUUCUCAUGCAGAUCUCGACACUGAUCAUCGCCCCUGUUUUCUUCACUGCUGGUGUUUACAUUAUUCUUGGCCGCUUGAUCCAGGUCUUCGGCCGCGAUUGCUCCAUUCUUCGACCGAGCCUAUAUCUUUGGAUAUUUUGUACUUGCGACGUGAUUUCCCUGGUUGUCCAGGCAAUUGGUGGUGGUUUGGCCUCAGCGGAAGUGAACAAAGUCAACGGCAACACAGAUCCAGGCACAAACACCAUGGUUGCGGGAAUAGUCUUUCAAUUGGCUUCCAUGAGCGUGUUUGUUGCUCUCGCAAUCGACUUUCUGAUUCGGUCCACUAGACGAGGCAUGUUAAAAUCUGGAAAGCAGUCCUCCAUUCCUAUCCUAAGUGCCAUGACGCUGUCAUUGUUAUGUAUCUAUCUGAGGAGCAUAUACCGCACUAUAGAGCUUUCGCAGGGCUGGACGGGAUACCUUAUUACGCAUGAGCGGUACUUUAUCGCGUUUGAUGGGGCCAUGAUGGUAAUCGCUGUUGGGAUUUUCAACUUUAUCCACCCUGCAACCUUCUUGCCUCGAUCAUCAGCAGAGGAUACUGGGGAGUGGCUGGAGAUAACGCAGAGAUCUGAAUUGAGAAAAUAG